AAGUCAAGGCUUGACCCAGCGCUGGUAUCGCCGUAGGAUAGUGGGGCAGCUCAAUGUGAAACAAUCGCAGUCGAUAAGACAUUCUACUUCAAGUUGAGCCGCUCAUCAGAAGACAUCUCACCUGAGGCGGAGGUUGCUUGCAGACAAUUCUCACCAAGCGCAGAAGCUAUAAAACCCCUCCAUCUUCUAUCUCGGGGGACAAAUCAGGACAGGCUAAGCUACUCUAGCACAUCCCAAAACUCGUCACACCUACUUAAAUAUCACUAAAACUUUCUAUUCUUAGAUCAGUUAUUCAUUCUUUAAAAUUUAAAUUUGCUUUACCUGCCUCUAUAUCGUACUCUUCAAUCUUAGAUAAUUUGAAGCUAUGCAGAUUCGCCAGCUUGUGACUGUCUUGGGCCUCUGCCUCUUCCAAGCACGUGCUAUGAUAGUCAAUGAACCGUUCGACAAUGCACUCAAGUCGUUUGUCAUGUUCAUGACGCCGUCUGAUGCUCCAGUUCACGAAUCCAAGAAGUUCCAAAGUGUGGCAGAUGCCUUAAAAUACCCUGGGCUUUCAAGUGAUCCCCAUUCGCUCCAACAUAUUGUACAUCACAGCAUUGCACCAAUCAUGCGUACCAACCAGGAGAACUUACCCUAUAUCUAUGCUGGUUAUGAUGGAUAUCUAAGGACCGUCAAGUCAAGUGCGCUGAAGCAUGAACCCGCAACGAGGGAUCUGCGAUUGUCAUUAUACCGAAGCGCUAUAUACAACGAACUCAAGGCCAUGGUUGACAGCAACCCAGAAAUGUUAACCCCAGAAAAGCUAGAACAUCUCCGUGGCCACUUACUCCCCAUAUUGAAUCCACAAGCCGGGGUUCAUCAAUCCAAUCACGCAAAUCCCACUGCAAAACUUGUUGAGCAGUUCCGAGAGGAAGCCGAGAAUGUGUUUAGAACUGAACCUAAGGGAAUCAAAGCGAUGGACAGAGAAGAAAUCAACAAGCAGUUGGAAGCAACCAACAAGAACAAGAACGUUCCGGCCGCAUUGCUCAUAAACGAACGGUUCGGUCACUAUCUGAAGCACCACGCCCAUCAUGAUCAUCAUGCUCAUUUUGCAAGCGCCGGUGUCCCAAGCUCGAUGCACGCUGUACCCGUUGCUUAACUCGAUACAACUACUUGUUUAUCCGAGCUUUAGUUUUUAUUUUAAAGAAAAAUGAGUGAUAGUACUCUUGGCUGAUAUUUAUCGAUAUGUAAAGCAAGAAACACACCCUAUUGUCUCACGCUUUCAAUAGAAAUAUUGUGAUUCAUGUCAUCUCAGAUUUCAUUCUUACUUCUUUCCUAGCAAUAUGAAAGCAAAAUCAAGUAAAAAACACUUCAAAAAAAGGCUAGCUGAGUCUGUGGCUGUUUCUUUCCUUCUAUCCACCUGAACCAUAUUCUUUUUCCAACUGUUUAUCUAAUAAACCACAUGGAAGAGUUAUAUUUGUUUGGAAUUUAUAUGCAUUUGUGGCCCAAA